CCAACUUCAUGCUGCGACAGUGAACACCGAAAAGGCAACACCCGAGGAGAACAAAACCAGACUGUGUGUGUGUGUGUGUGUGUGUGUGUGUGUGUGUGUGUGUGUGUGUGUAACAGCACAGCAGCUCACCGGGACAAUGAGCCGUAUCAGACAGCACAGUGUGAGGUGUUAGUGUGUGCAUGUAACGCCAUGUUUGCCUGUGAAGGAGACGACAUUGUCUGCAUUUUGGUCCAAGAUGAGCAGCGGCAGUAAACGAGAGAGGGAGCAGAGGAGGAAGCUGCAGCACUUCCUCAGUGACCUGGCCUUGCUGGGAUCAUUACAGGGCUUUAAAUACUUCCAGCCUUGGCUCAGAGGGAAAGAGGAGCUGCUGCUGACGGUCGUUAAUGAGGAUCUGGGUUGGCGUUCCCCAGGGUUUGCAGUCUCCAGAGCCUCCUCCUACUCGUCCACCAGCAGCCAGAACAGCAGCGAUGUGUCCCCCAGCAGCAGCUCCCCCAACCUGGACAGCCGCAGCAGCUCUCCCCUGCCUGGGGAGCCUCAGGGCCCACGAGACCCUCCGGCACACGCUCACACCAAGGCGCAGCCACAGACUGUCAGGGACCCCAGCAGCGAGGAGCAUCUCCUCCCAGCCUCCCCCAGUGAAAGAGAGAUAGCAGUGCCUGAGGUGAACUGCACUCUGUUUUUACUGGCCGGCUACGUCAAGUACGGACGCCCCUACGCCUGGAUACGCUCCAAUCACGAGCGCCUGGUCAACAUCGGCGGCACGGAUUCAAUGGUCAAGGACACGCCCAUGAAACUCAAGUCCAUCGCAGACUGGCAGACACGAGGUAUUCGUGUGUGGGACGUCAUCAGUGAGCUGGUGUGUCUGUGCACUGUCCCCUCUCCCUCCAACCCCUUCGCCCUGGACAUGCGCUACAUCAAAAGCCUUCCCCUCCCCGACCGCUUCCUCGUCACAGGUGCUCUCCUUAACUUCCUGGACAUGUACGUGGUUUACGGAAACAGGGACGAGAUGCACUAUGACAAAGUGGUGGAGGAGGUGAAGCCUCUGAGGCGUCUCCACGUCCAGUCCCUGCUGGAGUUACAGCGGCACAGAGAGGGCACCGGGUCAGAGAGCAGUCCCACAGUGGAGGACUCUGCCGGAGAGAAGUGACUCUGAUUGUUUGUGUAUGAUGCGCAUUCAGAUGAAAUAUUAUGGGUGCACUUCUACUGACUUUUUGUGAAAAAGAAAAGACAGUAAAUAGAUUCAAAUGUCUGAUAUGUCAUCAGAACAACUGAAUUUAGGUUAUUUGUUGUAUUGUGGUUAUUCUAAAGACGACUAUGGAUGAGCAUGAGAACCCAAGUACUCAAUUUGGACGUUGUUGAACGUAUAGAGUAAUCGCCACCCACAUGUGAACAUAACUUUUUUUUACUGUCUAAAAUGGAUAAAACCUUGUGAUGUUAACUUACCGGUUACAGACAGUUUGGACCACACAGUAGAAGGUUUCAGCCUAAAUUUGUUGGGUCUGUAUAACAGCUCGGUGUUGGAUGUUAGCCGCUGCUGCUGCUGUGUUAGCUCAUGCCAACUGGAUAGAUAUUGGAGACGGUCCUACAGUACUGUGUCUAACCUGUGUAAUGGCAGCAACAGAAGGUUUGCUAAUUUAUGGUUUAAUAGGCUAAUUGAAGCUGUUGUUGAAUAAAUUUUGUUGUUGGCUAAUUUA